GCGAUGUCGACACACGACAAUGUGGAGAAUAGGUUGCCAUUAAAAAUCACUUGGCUGCUUGAAAGCUGAAAGGAAAAAACUAAAACAACAAAACCAAACAAAGAAAAGAACGUACAGGAAAAAAUAUAUACAAUAAAACUUGGAGUUCUGUCUGAUGAACAACGGAAAAUAAGAACAAGACUUAUUCGUACGCUUAUUGGAAAUAUCGGAAAUCCAUCAUUUAGCUCCACGUCAUGAGCAAAGGGAAGAAAGACGAAGCGCCGCCGCCGUCGGUGGGACCCGGCAGCAAGAUUAUAGCACUGGCCCCGACCCUUCGAAAACUAAUUCUCAGAGAAGAGAGUGACGUCAUCCUCAAUUUCUCCACGAUGGGCAUGAAACUGAUCCCCCCGGAGAUCUUCAGAAACGAGGAGAUCAUGAUAAACGCGAAGCGAUUUCAGGCAGAAAAUAACCGGCUGAAGAAAUUUCCAAAAAAUAUAUCCGAUUUCGGCAAUCUAAUAUUGUUGGAUGUGAGAAACAACCUUCUUUCUGCUCUGCCUGGCACAAUAUCCAAGAUGAAAUUCCUGGAAAAGAUCGAAGCGUCGAAUAACACUCUGAAAAGUCUACCCAACACAAUUAACAAAGCACCGGUUCUGGCCUACGUCGAUGUCUCCAACAACCGCAUAAAAUCCUUGCCAAAGACGAUCAAUAAAUGUCCAUCGUUGGUCCACCUCGAUGUAUCCAACAAUCUAAUAAAAUCUCUCAAGAAGAAUAUAUACGAGCUUGGUGCAACGGUUAUUCUAUCUCAUAACAAACUGACGGAGCUCCCAGAGGCGACGAUAAAAUCUUCAUCGCUAAAAUCUCUGGAUGUUUCGCACAAUCAAAUCGCCUAUAUCCCAGAUAACAUCAACAAUGUGACGACACUAACCAGUUUGGACCUCUCCUUCAAUGAACUACGUGAGUUACCGAGUGAGUUGGGCUUCCUCAAGUAUCUACACACCCUGGACGUCUCUCACAACGAGAUCGUUUCUUUUCCAGAAGAGAUCUGCGCCCUCCAGUUCUGCUUGGUGACUUUUCUAGCGUCUGACAACAAAAUCAAAACCUUACCGAAAGACGUAAGCAAGAUGCAUGUUCUAAAAACUUUAAACAUAGCGAACAAUGAAAUAGAAAUCCUUCCUCCGGAUUUUCACAAUAUGAAAUCUUUAACCAACCUUGACCUUUCCGGUAACAAGUUCACGUCUGCCGACAAGAUAAGUCGUCUGCGAAACCUCGAAACGCUCUCCGUUGCUCGAAAUGCUCUGACGACACUGCCCGAUGAAAUGGAUCAGAUGAAGUCGUUGGUGUCUAUCGACAUAUCAGGAAACCACAUCAAGGAACUGCCAAAGUCUCUGAACAGGAUUACGACGUUGAAGACGAUAAUUGCGGCAGACAACAAUCUGUCCGUGAUUCCGGACACCCUGGGUGAGCAUCAGCUGCUGACGUGCAUCGACGUCGCACAGAACCGAGUGACUGGCUUCCCACAGGAUCUGCGACGACUGAGGACGAUAGAGACGCUGCGACUGGGACACAACCAACUGGCAUCCUUGCCCAAGGUUCUGGAAACCCUGGAGUUCCUCACGGAGCUAGACGUCAGUGGCAACAACCUCACCGACAUGAUCUUACCGAGGACCAUUACCUCGCUUAGCGUUGCCGGAAAUCCUCUCUUCCUCCCGUCUCAGGAUCCCAAGUCGUUACUGAACGCACUCGGCGAGAGAGAGUUCGCGAACAAAAUUACAUUCCUCGAUAUUUCCAGUAUCCGACUGGACAAGGUUCCGCCGUCUGUCUGCAGCAUGAAGAUGCUGACGGUUCUCAAGAUGGCGCACAACCAGCUGAAGAGGCUGCCGGACGAUCUCUGUAAGCUGCGCAUGCUCAGGGAUCUGGACGUGAGCGACAACGAGCUGCUGACGAUCCCCCAAGACAUCCACUUUAUGAUGAACCUGCGACGCCUGGACGCGUCUCAGAACCGAAUCGGCGAGUUCAUCGACGGCCUCAAGUUCAUGCACCAGCUGGAGGAGCUGAACCUGUCGUUCAACAACAUCGACACUCUGCCCAUCCACUUCGGCGAGCUGAACAAGCUGCUGCACCUGGACCUGUCCAACAACGAGCUGGCCCAGCUGCCGGAGGAGAACAUUGACAUCCUGGCGUCGCUGCUCACUCUGAACGUGUCCAAGAACCACAUCAACGCCAUCCCGGCAGACAUGCCCUACCUCUACCGCAUCAAGGUCCUCAACGCGGCUUCCAACGACCUGACCUCCAUCCCGCACGACAUCGCCAAGAUGCAGUCUAUGGAAGUCCUGAACUUGGCCGACAAUCUGCUGGAAUCCCUGCCGGAGGGAAUCUGCAAGCUGCCGGCUCUCGUGGAACUGGACGUGUCCGACAACAAGAUCCGAGGAUUCCCGUCCAAGAUGGACCAGCUGCGUGGACGCUGUAAAGUGAACAUUGACAAGCAGUCGAGCUACAAGACGCGCGAUCUAGAAGAAGGAGGGUUAGCCCCUGGGGAGGUGCAGACGGACAGUCCUGAUGCCAGCCCCACCCCUUCCAGAUCAAAAACGCCCACCACGAAGAUGGAAGAGAAUGAUUACUGAACGCAGUCAAACCUGGUCACAUGAACCAUCUCAAUCAAACAGACAUCUGCCUAAGGAAACCAAUGUUUUUUAGUGAGAAUAUUACGGUGGCCUCAUUAAGGUCACCUAGCUAUUCUCAUUGAAAUACAUUGGUCUGUAUUGGGAACUCGGCCAUCUUUCGUUUGGUGGCGGUAGUCAAAGGGGCUAAUGCAGUCAUGUCAUUAACCCAGCCACCUACCUUGCGAAGUCACGUUACUGAUAUCCCAUAUAUAAAAAUAGGACAAAGAAGGAGGGAUAAAACGAGAGAGGGAGAGAGAGAGAGAGAGAGAGAGAGAGAGAGAGAGAGAGAGAGAGAGAGAGAGAGAGAGAGAGAGAGAGAGAGAGAGAGAGAU